AUGGCGGCAAAACUUCGAAUUCAAAGCGCAUUGCUGUCAAAUAUAGAAAAACCAUCUCUCUCAAAUAUUUGUAAACUAUAUCUGAAAGAUUUGCACGAUUUACCUCCAAUUGUGGAAAUAUUUCGCUAUGACCUGGAAGGAGGGAUGUUAUCGAAAUUUAAUCAAGCCGAACGACAUGAGUUAUUCCAAUCUGUAUGCAUGAUGAAUUUUACUUUGUUCCGUUUCUUAAACUGCUUUACCAACCCCAGAGAGCUAAACGUGAAUGUAUAUGAGUGGCCAAUGAUUGAAAGCGAUGGCUGGAUGUACAACCCAUUGAUUCCAGACGAAACGGUUUUAAAAGAACUACAGCAGGCUGAAAUUGAAGUGCCAAAUUUAGUGUUAUUUAAACCCCUGGAGCAUCAGCUCAUGGGUAUUGACCCCAAGCUAGUAGCCGUUAAUAGUGACGGGGAUUUAAUCUUGUUUCGACAGCGGGCAAAUCCAGACGUGUGCGAGUUACUGAAAGUUUCCGGAAACGAGGUUAAAGUGUUCUAUACUUUCCCGGAAUUCACUUUGGUUUCGUUUUUGGCUGUGAACGAUGCGGAUUUUCUCUUCGUUUUUGCUGAUAAUGUGAAGGGUGGUCUAAUUCCUACCGGCUAUUUGAUGUAUGACGUGUCGGUUUUUUAUCCACAAGGCGAUAUUAGCGGAAUUUAUAAGGACUUUUUAUUGCUCGAUGGUUCUGUUGUCCUGGCUCCGACACCACCACGAAAGUUCUGUGAAGUUGCCUUGUGUAUGCCUGAGGAUGUCCUGAAGAAGGAAAUGAAAAUACAGGGGGAGAUGGAAAUCCGGAAUGAAGAGAAAAUCCAUGGGAGGUGCCCAUCCGAAGUGAAGAGAAAAUCCAGGGGGAGGUGAACAUCCGAAGUGAAGAGAAAAUCCAGGGGGAGGUGAACAUCCGAAGUGAAGAGAAAAUCCAGGGGGAGGUGAACAUCCGAGGUGAAGAGAAAAUCCAGGGGGAGGUGAACAUCCGAGGUGAAGAGGAAAUCCAGGGGGAGGUGCCCAUUCGAAGUGAAGAGAAAAUCCAGGGGGAGGUGAACAUCCGAAGUGAAGAGAAAAUCCAGGGGAAGGUGAACAUCCGAGGUAAAGAGGAAAUCCAGGAGGCGGUGAAAAUCCAAGAAAAAAUCCCGAGGGAGUUAAACAUACUUCAUAGUAUUUUAGUUGAAAUUAAAAUGUGGGAAAACACAUUAGCUACCAUAACCGACAACCUUCAAGUCCUUGCAAUAGAACAAUAUAGUUACCACGUCCGUGUUUUUGAAAAAGAUGGCCGAUUUGUUCGAGAAUUUCAAUUACACGAUGGCGAAACAGAAGCUUGCGUCGCAAUCACAUUCAACAGACUCACGAGAGAGUUAGUUGUCGUUUCUCGUGUCGAAAGGGUUUACUUCUUGUCAACGUAUCUGCCGGAGACAGGCAAACGACGCCAUAAUGUUAGGUUGGCACAUAUUGGUAAAGAUUGCCAAGAGAUUCAUCUCACAUCACAUUGUCGUGGCUCAAUCGCCUUAGUCACAAAGGAACAUGUACUGUAUCUUCAGUAA